CAUCCACAUUUCUCAAUUCUCACCAUUUCCAUUUUCUCUCUCCUCUAGGGUUUCUCCAAAACCCCCAGCCAUGGCGGCUCCUCGAAUUCUCUCCCUUUCGCGCAAUCUCUUCGCCAAAACCGCUGCAACAACCACCAACAAACAAACCCUAUCCUCUUUCCUCCUCCUCUCCCGCCCCUUCUCCGCUGCAUCAGCCGCCAAAACUCCAACCACCGCUUUCUCCCCCUUCCGGCUCCGUCCCCUCACUGCCGCCGUUUCUCUCCACCGCUCUUCUUUAAACAUUACCGCUUUUCGAAGCUUCUCGGCUCGUCAGUCGCAGAACUCUCUCAGCGAUAAUAACCCUAAUUGGUCGAAUCGCCCUCCCAAGGAAACGAUAUUGCUUGAUGGCUGUGAUUUUGAGCACUGGCUUGUUGUUACUGAGCCUCCUCCCGAAAAUUCUACCCGCGAUGACAUCAUUGACUCUUUCAUAAAAACCCUGGCUCAAGUUAUCGGAAGUGAAGAAGAAGCAAGGAUGAAGAUAUACUCUGUCUCUACCAGACAUUACUUUGCAUUUGGUGCCUUGGUGUCUGAGGAACUAACAUACAAGCUUAAAGAGUUGCCAAAUGUUCGUUGGGUCCUUCCUGACUCAUACUUGGAUGUUAGAAACAAAGACUACGGGGGUGAGCCAUUUAUUGAUGGUCAAGCUGUUCCAUAUGAUCCCAAAUACCAUGAGGAAUGGGUAAGGAACAAUGCAAAGGCACAGGAGCGUAACAGGCGUAAUGACAGACCACGGAAUGCUGAUCGUUCGAGGAACUUUGACAGAAGACAAGGAGCAAGGAAUGGUCCAGAAGCUAAUAUGGGAGGUCCCAGAGGCAACAUGGUUGGUCCACCCAACACUGGUGGUGCGCCUCCCCACACCCCUGGUGGUGCGCCACCCAACAAUGCGGGAUACCAGCAGAACAUGCCACCCAGCAAUGCGGGAUAUCCACAGAACAUGCCACCCAACAAUGCCGGAUAUCCACAGAACAUGCCGCAAGGCAAUCCAGGAUAUCAGCAGAACAUGCCGCAAGGUAAUCCAGUAUAUCAGCAGAACAUGCCGCAAGGCAAUCCAGGAUAUCAGCAGAACAUGCCGCAAGGCAAUCCAGGAUAUCCACAGAACAGAGGGGGUGCGCCUCCACCUUUUAACUAUGGGGGUCAAGGAAAUCCUGGCCAUGGAGGCAACACCAUGCCGAACAAUCAAACUUAUCAAAACGUGCAAACGGGUAAUCAGAACUAUCCGCCACAGAACAGAAACAUGCAAGGUCCCUAUCAGCAAGAUGUGCCUGGAAGAGAUGGGCCAAAUUAUCAGUAGUGAUGUUUUUGUAGAUAAGUUAUUGAUGUUUAAAUGCCUAGAACCUUAUGGUACACUUAGGUAGGUUGUUCGGAAGGGACUAAGUGAGGUAUAAAAUGUAAUGUGUUGGGGAAUGAGUAUUUUGCAGAGAUGUUUCAUCAUUUAUGCUGUAACCUCUGAGAGGUUAUUUCUGCCACUCAAUAGUACGUUUAUCAAACUAUUGCUUCAAUAUUUCUUUAUACUGCAAUGAGGAGACCUUAUUUUGCUGUUAA